GCGGGAGAGCUCGUGCUGCGGGGCCCGGCUGCGGCCGAGGAAUCGUUUCCUCUUCUCCCAGAUGGGGCGUGGCCGCCUGGAGCCCGUCGGGUCGCCCGGGUCCUUGCACUAAAGGACCUCGUGUUGACCUUCCCUCUGAGGCUUUGCGCAGGGCAUUCAAACUCCCGAGACAGCCGGUUCACCGAGCUAAGCCCCCUUUUCUGUUUUCUCCCCGUUGGGGGCUCUGCGGGCAGCUCAGGGCUCCACAUGGUCAGGGCUGGGUACAAGAAGUUGGUAACAUGGCUGUUCCUUGUAUUUGGAACUCGCAAAGAGCCGCCCUAAUCCCAGGCACGGAUUCCGCUCCCCAGUGGCGGUUGGGACCCCUUGCUAGUGCCCUUUCAUCGGGAACUGGACCAUUCAGAGCGAUGAUGAGUCACAAAGCCCUAGGGCCUUGGGGGACCCCAGCGGGGCGGGGUCCGGUGGGGCCCACCCCGAGGCGGGGUGACGCCCGCGGUCACUUCACAAGGCAGAAAUUGUUACCUGGGUAAUAAAAGGCACCGCGGCGGUGGGGCCCCGGGAGUGGGCACAUGGGGGUGCGGGGGUGCAGGUGCCAAGCGCCAUGGGUUAGGCCCGAGAUCGGAGUCCGGCCGCCCCCCGACAGCAGCCGUCUCCUGCUCCCCGCGCGCCCCAGGCGCCACCAUGUCGGGCGACAAACUCCUGAGCGAACUCGGCUAUAAGCUGGGUCGCACAAUAGGUGAGGGCAGUUACUCCAAAGUGAAGGUGGCCACGUCCAAGAAGUACAAAGGCACAGUGGCCAUCAAGGUGGUGGACCGGCGGCGCGCGCCGCCCGACUUCGUCAACAAGUUCCUCCCGCGUGAGCUAUCUAUCCUUCGGGGCGUGCGGCACCCGCACAUUGUGCACGUCUUCGAGUUCAUUGAGGUGUGCAACGGGAAGCUGUACAUCGUGAUGGAGGCGGCCGCCACUGAUCUGCUGCAGGCUGUGCAGCGCAGCGGGCACAUCCCUGGGGGGCAGGCGCGCGACCUCUUUGCACAGAUCGCUGGCGCUGUGCGCUACCUGCAUGACCACCACCUGGUGCACCGCGACCUCAAGUGCGAAAACGUGCUCCUGAGCCCAGACGAGCGCCGCGUCAAGCUCACGGACUUCGGCUUUGGCCGCCAGGCACACGGCUACCCAGACCUGAGCACCACUUACUGCGGUUCGGCUGCCUACGCAUCGCCCGAGGUACUCCUGGGCAUCCCCUACGACCCCAAGAAGUAUGACGUGUGGAGCUUGGGCGUCGUGCUCUACGUCAUGGUCACCGGGUGCAUGCCCUUCGACGACUCAGACAUUGCCGGCCUGCCCCGGCGCCAGAAGCGCGGCGUUCUCUACCCCGAAGGCCUCGAGCUGUCCGAGCGCUGCAAGGCCCUGAUUGCCGAGUUGCUACAGUUCAGCCCAUCGGCCAGGCCCUCGGCUGGCCAGGUAGCGCGCAACAGCUGGCUGCGGUCGGGGGACUCCGGCUAAAAGCGCACGCGCGAGAGGCGCGCUUCAAGAGUCCCGCGAAGCCGCCGCGCGCCACUGCGCAUGCGUUCUUUCCCCUUUCCCUCUUCCUCGACUGCGGUGCCCCGCAGUCUCCCCAGUUUGGAAUCUAGUUCCUCCACAAUCCAGAGAGCAGGAGGGCGCAUGCGCAUUCUCGAUUCCCUUCAAGAAGGCCCCGGGAGGGGCUGGACGAGGGGGAAAGGAAAGCAUUGCGUCUGCGAGGAAUGAGCGACCGCUGCCCGGCGGGCGGCUGCUACCUACGUGGAGGAGCUGCUGGCGAGGGCACGCGCGCAGAGAGUAUCCGUUGCCAGUCUGCCACGCUUGCAGCUGGGGGAUGGCGCGCUCCGGGUGCUGCCCCCUUUGUAAUUUGCAAUAAACUCGC